AUGUCCGUAUCAACGUCUAUUCCCGAUGCCCGUCUUGGCCUCACGUCGUCUGAGUGGCAGAUGGUUGUGCACCAGCAGCAGAUCGCAUUACAAGGGAGCCAUAAUGGCAGCAUCGCAAGGGGGAGGGGGAUGGCGAGGAAUAGCAACGCCAGCUCGAGGGCUGCCAGCGCCGCCAGCACGCAGGGGAGGCUGCUCCUGGAUCCAGACAGCCUCCAGGCCCUCUACUAUCAGCUCGACCACCUCAUGAGGGACAUCCAACGGAGAAUUGACUACUUGAACGAGCAAUCUGAGAUCUCGAUACAGAACACCUACGACCAGGCAGGCAAUGUCGUUGCAGACGCCGACAAGGAAAUCGCACGAGUCAGACAGAUAAUCCUCUCCAUCGACGAGCUAGAAACCGAAUUCGAUAAGAUCCGGCGCAUCAGAGACAUAGUGAAAUCGUUUCGCUCCCGGGUUGAAAGCCUCGAUAGUCGGCUUGACCAUGCUCAGCGAAGGAGACGCUGA